AUGCUGAAUAUAUCAGCUGACUGUGCUAAAAUCGUGUUUCUUGGUGAUUCAACUGUAGGAAAAACAUCAAUUUUGAAAUUUAAGGUAACUGGCCAAUACGAAGAAACAGUUUCAACAGUUAAUUCAACACAAAAUAAAAUCACUCUCGAAUAUGAUGGUAAAUCCAUAAAUGCUGCACUUUGGGAUACUGCUGGUCAAGAAGAAUAUCGGUCAUUAACUCCUCACUAUUUACGUGAUGCAAAAAUUGCAAUAAUAGUAUUUAGUGUAGAUGAUAAAGCCAGUUUCGAUCAUCUCGACAACUGGUUCAACCUUGCAAAAGAUACCAAUUCUAAUCCUGUUAUCUUUCUAGUUGGAAAUAAGAUUGACUUAAAAGAAAGUGAUUAUCAUGAUGAUAAUGCACAGAAAUGGAGCCAAGACAAUGAGGUCACUCUUCAUUAUACAUCUGCAGUUACAGGAGAGGGAAUUGAAGAACUUUUCGACAGUAUUGCAGCAGCGCUCACAAGCCGCUCACCAAAUGAUACAAACAACUUGAAAAUAACUGCAAACAAACUCAAACAAUGUUGUUAA